GCUAACUUUUUUUUUUUGAUAAUGUAUUGAUUGAAAAAGGCAAGAAGAGAUACAUUUUUUUUUCCUGCAUUGGCACCUUCUAAACCAAGACAUCAACCUCGGGUAUCACCAUCAGAUAUCGAACUUUUAAAAGCAGUAUAUGUUGUCAAAAUAGAUGAUGAAACAUAUAGCAAUAUCUCACAAGAGACAGUAGACGAAUAUACCUUAAAUAUGGAAGAACAAGCAUCAAAUCAUUGUAUUAUGACACUUCCAAAUGUAGUAGCUUUCUUGAAAAAAUCACUCGAUCAAGAUUUAGAUGAUUUACCAAAAUAUGUGUGGAACCAUGGAUAUGACCCCAACUUGAAUGAUGAAGAAAAAACAAUGAUUAAGUUAAUCAGAUUUAUUUUGACAGAUUAUGUCUCCAAUUGCGAAAAAAAAAAUCAAUGCUUGCUUGUACCAAACAAUGAGUAAACACCGUUUGUCGAGCAUGUGGUCCCAAUAUUCAAGUAUUCCGCCUCUACGACAAAACUAUUGUCUUUUUUACGGUGCGAAAAGGGUCUUGAAUACUCUAAAAUACUUGCUAUCUGUAUGCCCAAUGAUGCAACAAAAAAAAUAAUGGAUGGAAUUGGAAUUGCAUCUACAGAUGGAAUGGAAGAAGUACUGGUUGAAUCAUCUGGGUAUGGAAAU